AUGCGGGGAACGUGCAGCGGAGCUGCGGGAGAAGGACCGGGGCUGUGGGGCCCGGGGAUGUUCAGCGGGGGCGGCGGCGGGAGGGUCCCCCGGGGGGCCGGUGGCCUCCGCGGAGCUGCCGAGCUGAGCGGGCGGGCGGGCAGUGUCCGUGUGCGCGGUGGGGAGCGCGGGCAGCGGGCGGGAACGGAGCCAUGCAAUCUCUAUAUUGAUUUUCUUUUCUCUAAAUUAUGUGCAUCUCUCUCUUCUUCUGCAGGUCCUGUGCCUCGAAAUGAGUGUGUCCUAUCACCUGUUAACAAUUCACACCCAGUCCAUGCCUUGUUGGAGAGUUUUACAGUCUUGUCUGGCUGUGCAAGCCGCGGCACAACAGGCCUGCCCCAAGAGGUGCACGUUCUCAAUCUCAGAAAUCCCGAGGAGGGUCUUGGCCAUCAUGAAAGAGAGGUCACGUUACAUUUGAAUCCAAUUUCAUCAGUGCAUAUUCACCAGAAGCCUCUGGUGUUUCUUCUCAACUCUCCUUUGCCUCUGGUGUGGAAGCUGAAAACAGAAAGACUGGCACCUGGAAUCCGAAGAGUUUUCUUUGUGUCUUUAGGUUCCGUUGUUCAGUUUGAGAAGGGAAAUUUCUCCUUGUCAGCAGAAACAGAAGAAAAGCUUUUUCCUGAGAAAAAUGAACAUCUGCUACAGUGGGCCCAGAAGGAAUAUGGUGCAGUAACCUCUUUCACUGAACUCAAAAUAUCAAGAAACAUCUACAUUAAAGUUGGAGAAGAUCAAGUUUUUCCUCCUUCAUGCAAUAUAGAAAAGAAUUUUCUCUCCUUAAAUUACCUCGCGGGAUACUUACAACCAAAAACAGCAGAAGGGUGCCUUAUCUCUCACUUAGCCGAAGAAAGAGAAGUUCAUAUCAUUGAACUAAUCACUCCAAAUUCCAAUCCAAUCAGUACUUUCCAGGUGGAUAUAAUUGUUGACAUAAAACCAUCUCAACUAGGUGCCAAACUCGUCAGAGACGUCGUACUUAUCCUCAAGUGUAAAAAGUCUGUCAACUGGGUUAUCAAGUCGCAGGAUGUCCAGGGAAAGCUGGAAGUGAUUACAUCAAAUAGUAUUGGGUUUGGAAAGGAAACAGAACGAUCCAUGACUAUGAGUAAAUCAAUAAUACCUGAUAUUCCCUCAUCACAUGAGAGUCUGAUCAAGUGGGCUUAUGAGCAUAACUAUAGUCCAGUUACUUCCUACACAAAAGCCCCUGUUGCUAACAGAUUUCAUCUGCAACUUGAAGAUACAGAAGAGAUGAAUGAUGAAGAAGACCAUUCGCUUCCUCCGGAGCUGACAGAAUUGCUGGGUGCUAACCCACUACCUGUCCCAAAGAAUCCUGCAUUAAGUGAUGGCCUGACUUUUCCUUUUCACAUUAACAGAGGAAGACAUGCCACAACGGGAGAAGGAAUCUUCCCAUCCAGUGAUUCAGUGGAUACAUUAAUAAAUCAUGACUUUGAGCAUUCCCUCUCAAAACAUAAAGAACCCGAAGAGGUUCAAGGCAGUGCUGAUGUGGCCCUGUCAAUAAAGUGUGAUGGCAAAGUCAUGACAGUAGCUGUAGAAAAAGAUUCUCUGCAGGCUAGUGGCUACACAAGGACAGAACUCUCGCUGCUGGAUCACUCUUGCAAAGCCAGGAUGAAUGGUACCCAUUUCAUUUUGGAGUCUUCACUGAACAAAUGUGGGACUCGCACAGCGUAUAUCUUGAACAAGAUCGUUUAUUUUAACUCUAUUGUCAUUCAGCUGUCAUCACCAGCUGAAAGCAGUGGCUUUGAUGAUGAUGACAUGGAAUCAGGUGAUAAUGGAUUUCCAGGGGAUGCUGAUGAGGGAGAUGUUGCUUUCUCAAGCUGGCCUGAAAUUGCGUUUAAUUGCACACUGCAGCAGCCAGAGGAUGACAGAGGCUUGUUAUGGCCUCCUGAACCACACAUCACCAAUGUGACCUUCAACAUGGAGCUUUACAAAACAGAUCUGUUCCUUGCUCCCUCCCAAGGACUCUUCUCUGUUGCUGAGAAUGGGCCAAUAUAUGUAGAGGUGUCUGUGACUAAAGCUGACAGAUCCUUGGGCUUUGCCAUUCAAACAUGCUUUGUUUCCCCGUUUUCAAAUCCAGAUAGAAUGUCUGACUACACCAUUAUAGAAAACAUUUGUCCUAAAGAUGAAUCUGUUAAAUUCUACAGCAUUGAGAAGGUGAACUUUCCAAUACCACAUGCACAGGACAAAAAAAGAUUUAGCUUUGUGUUUAAACCAAUGUUCAACAUCUCACUGCUCUUUCUUCAUUGCGAGUUGACUUUGUGUACAAAUAAAGACACAGAUACUCAAGGACUGCCAAAGUGCAUUCCUCCUGAUGAAGCUUGCACCUCUCUCAAUGUGGAAAUGAUCUUGGCCAUGAUGCACAACAAGAAAACCUUCACCAAGCCCCUUGUAAUAACACAUGAAGGAAAACCAGAAGAUCCUUCCCUUCCAAAGCCAAAUGUGAGACAGCCACCUGUGCUGUAUGGGCUGGACACGCUGACUGUGGUGGGCAUUGCCUUUGCUGCGUUUGUCAUUGGAGCCCUGCUGACAGGAGCCCUCUGGUUCAUCUACUCUCACACAGGGGAAACAGCAGGAAGACAGCAGGUCCCUACAUCCCCACCAGCCUCAGAGAACAGCAGCGCAGCACACAGCAUCGGCAGCACGCAGAGCACCCCGUGUUCCAGCAGCAGUGCAACUUAA